AUGCCGACCCUCCUCUUCUGCGCCCCCUUCCACCACUGCCUCUCUACGUCCCCCACCGUGCAACCCCUCUGCCACCAUGUCCGCCAUCCGGCCCCCCUGCUCCCCGAACAGCGCGAGCUGCCCCUCUUUCCGCUCCGCAUGGUGCUCAACCCCGGCACACCCGUCCCGCUCCACGUCUUCGAGCUCCGCUAUCGCCUGCUCUUCAACCGCAUCCGCGACACUGACUCCCGCUUCGGCAUCGUCAUGUACAACCCGGACUCCUCGUCCCUGGCCUCCAUCGGGUGCGCCGCCGAGCUCACCCGCUUCGAGCCGCUCCCCGACGGCCGCAUCAUGACUAAUAAUAUUGGCCGUGAGAGGUUUCGCAUCCUUAGAAUCAUCGAGGAGAAGCCGUACACGCGCGCAGUCGUCGAGCACGUGUAUGACGAAACGCCGGACGAGGACCUGUCCGCCCUCAUGGAGGACGUCUGGGUCGUGCUGCAGGACGUCCUGCGUCUGAGCAACAAGCUCUACGACAAGGUUCUGGAUCUCAGUCCCGAGAUCCGUCGCCUGGCUCCCGGCGGCGACGCCGACUUUGAAGGCGCUGAGACUCGCACCAAGGACGGCUGGCCGUCCCCGCGACGCCUCGAGGACUUCUCGUUUGCGGUUUGUCAGGUCCUCGACAUGCCGCUCGAGGAGCAGCAAAUCUUACUCCAGAUUAGAAAUACUGGCAAGAGACUUAGACGGCAGAAUAAGAUGUUACAGACAGCAAGGCAGUACCUGGCCGCUCAACUCUUCCCAGUCCUUGACGCCCGGCAUGUCGGCGUACCGCGCCAUCGCCUGCUCGAACGGCUCCGUGCCCACGUACUCGGCGUAGUAGAACAGCCGGUCGCCCCACGUCCACAGGCUCAGGUUGCGGAUGCCCACCGCGCGCAGCGCGUCCCGCACUUCGGCCCGGCUGUUCGCAUGGUGCGCGAUGUACUUGUCGAUCAUCCCGGCCUUGAUGUUGAGGGUCAUCGCAAUUUUCUUGGGGGGGACCGCCUCCGCCAUUGUGUGUGA